AUGGACCAGGAGAAUCAGACAAUGGUGACUGAAUUUUACUUCUCUGAUUUCCCUCCGUUUGAGAAAGGCAGCCUCUUAUUCUUCAUCCCUUUGCUCCUUAUUUACAUGUUCAUCAUCGUGGGAAAUUUCAUAAUCUUCUUGGCUGUCAGGCUAGAUGUCCACCUGCACAAUCCCAUGUACAAUUUCAUCAGCAUCUUCUCCUUCCUGGAGAUUUGGUACACCACGGUGACCAUUCCCAAAAUGCUCUCCAACCUGGUCAGUGAACAGAAGACCAUCACGUUGAUUGGCUGCCUCUUGCAGAUGUAUUUUUUCCAUUCACUCGGGGUCACAGAAGGUCUCAUCCUCACAGUGAUGGCCAUCGACAGGUACGUGGCCAUCUGUAACCCCCUCCGCUAUGCAGUCAUUAUGACCCCUAGGCUCUGCAUCCAGCUGUCUUCUGGCUCCUGCAUCUUUGGCUUCCUUAUGUUGCUGCCGGAGAUUGUGUGGAUUUCUACUCUUCCCUUCUGUGGUCCCAACCAAAUCCAUCAACUCUUCUGUGACUUUGAGCCUGUGCUGAGCUUGGCUUGUACAGACACUUCCAUGAUUCUGGUUGAAGAUGUGAUCCAUGCUAUCUCCAUCCUCACCUCCAUUUCUGUGAUCACCCUUUCCUAUUUAAGAAUCAUCACUGUGAUUCUGAGGAUUCCCUCGGGAGAGAGCCGUCGCAAGGCUUUCUCCACUUGUGCAGCCCACGUUACCAUUUUCUUGCUGUUUUUUGGCAGUGUGACACUCAUGUACCUGCGCUUCUCUGUCACAUUCCCACCACUAAUGGACAAAGCCAUUGCACUGAUGUUUGCUGUCCUUGCCCCAUUUUUCAACCCAAUAAUCUAUAGUUUGAGGAACAAAGACAUGAAAGAAGCUAUUGAAAAAAUGUUCUGUUCUCAAAAGAUGUUCAGUGUCUCUGGGAACUAG